AUGGCAUCCGCCGGUGGCGCUGGCGCCGACCACUCCCCGCCGCCGCGUAGCCUGGUCUUCGCCUUCUACCUCACGGGCCACGGCUUCGGCCACGCCACCCGCGCCAUCGAGGUGGUGCGGCACCUGAUCGCGGCCGGGCACGAGGUGCACGUGGCGACGGCCGUGCCGGAGUUCGUCUUCACCGCCGAGGUGCGGUCGCCGCGCCUCCGCAUCCGCAGGGCCAUCCUCGACUGCGGCGCCGUCCAGGCCGAUGCCCUCACCGUCGACCCCCUCGCCACACUGGAGAAGUACCGUGAGGCGGCAGUGGUGGCCCGCGAGUCCAUCCUCAUGGCCGAGGCGGAGUGGCUGAGCUCCAUCAAGGCAGAACUAGUGGUCUCGGAUGUUGUUCCUAUUGUGUGCAGGGUGGCUUCAGAUCUGGGCAUCCGCUCUGUAUGCAUUGGGAAUUUUAGUUGGGACUUCAUAUAUGCUGAAUACAUCAUGGAGGCUGGAUAUCAUCACCGAUCUAUUGUUUGGCAGAUAGCAGAGGAUUACUCCUAUUGUGAUAUAUUACCGACUACCUGGAUAUAUGGCCCAAUGCCGGCCUUUCGCAAUGUCAUUGAUGUGCCUCUUGUGGUCAGAGGAUUGCGAAAAUCUAGAUCUGAGGUGAGAAAGGAACUUGGAAUUGAGGAGAAUGCUAAGGUGCUCGUUUUUAAUUUUGGGGGACAGCCAGCAGGAUGGAAACUGAAGCAAGAAUGGCUCCCUGAUGGUUGGAUCUGUUUGGAAAAAUUGGAUAUGGAACUGCAAGUGAGGGUUUUGGCCUGCAAGCUGCCAUUAGUGUUCGUUCACAGAGAUUACUUUAACGAAGAGCCAUUUUGCGAAAUUUGCUUGAGGUUGAAACAUUUCUUAUCAUUGAAUUAUGCUAGAACUCAUGUCUAUAUAGAUGUGUUAAAAUGCCUUCAUGCUUUGUCCCAUCACAUUCUAUUUCAGUACUACCAAAGCAGCAUUGAGAUGAUCAGAAGUGAUUUCCUUGCUGGACACUGGAAACCAUACCUACUUCGUGCUCUCACACUUCAACCAUGCUACAAUGGCCCAAUAAAUGGUGGUGAGGUGGUUGCCCAGAUCCUCCAGGACACUGCUGUUGGAAAGAAAUGUAUUUCUGAUAAAUCUAGUGGUGCAAGAAGAUUGCAAGAUGCCAUGGUCUCAGGAUAUGUGGUUCAAAGGGCUCCAGGGAGAGAUGCAGGCAUUCCUGACUGGUACUCUCUGUCUGAAACUGAAACUGGUGCUGGUCCGACCUCAAAAAAUGCUGCUACAAAGGAAAGUGCAGCAUCAUCCAGAUGUAUUGAAGACUUUGAGAUACUCCAUGGGGACCUUCAAGGAUUAACAGAUACAAUAGACUUUUUGAAGAGCUUAUCUGAACUUAGUGGAAAUGAUUUGAUGAGCCCCAAGAAGCAACGCCUAGAGAGAACUGCUGCAUCUGUUCUUUUUGACUGGGAGACGGAAAUAUAUGUAGCAAGGGCACCUGGACGUUUGGACGUCAUGGGUGGCAUUGCUGAUUAUUCAGGAAGUCUCGUUUUGCAGAUGCCCCUUCGGGAAGCCUGCCAUGUUGCUGUUCAGAGAAACCAUCCCAGCAAGCAGAAGCUUUGGGAACAUACAAAAGCAAGACGGCUUGAGAACGCAGGCUUGGUGCCUGUGGUACAAAUUGUAUCAUUUGGCUCUGAUUUGAGUAACCGUGCACCAACUUUCAAUAUGGACCUGUCAGAUUUUAUGGAUGGUGGAAAACCAAUAUCCUAUGAGAAAGCCAGAGAGCUUUUCUGUCAGGAUCCAUCCCAAAAAUGGGCUGCCUAUGUUGCUGGAACAAUUCUAGUUUUGAUGACUGAACUUGGUGCCCAGUUCACUGACAGCAUUAGCAUUCUGGUUUCAUCUGCCGUGCCAGAAGGAAAAGGUGUUUCAUCUUCUGCAUCAGUGGAGGUUGCUACAAUGUCUGCUAUUGCCGCAGCCUAUGGUUUAAACAUCAUACCAAGGGAUCUUGCUUUGCUUUGUCAGAAGGUUGAGAAUCAUGUAGUUGGAGCUCCUUGUGGGGUAAUGGAUCAAAUGGCAUCUGCAUGUGGAGAAGCUAAUAAACUCCUCGCAAUGGUUUGCCAGCCUGCAGAAGUGAAGGAAUUGGUUAGCAUACCAACUCAUAUACGGUUCUGGGGUCUAGAUUCAGGGAUACGGCAUAGUGUUGGCGGGGGAGAUUAUGGAUCUGUAAGGGUAGGCACUUACAUGGGACGAAAGAUGAUCAAGUGUGCAGCAUCAGAUUUAGUUUCAGAGUCCUUGACUUCAGGCCCCCCUGUUCAGUCCGAUGGUUAUAAAGAAAAUGGUAUGGGUGUACUGAAAUCUGAAGCUGCACUGGAGUAUUUGUGCAACCUACCACCUCACAGAUAUGAAGCUGUUUAUGCAAAAGACAUUCCAGAGGUGAUUAGUGGAGAAGCAUUUUCAGAGAAAUAUGGAGAUCACAACGACACAGUGACAGUUAUUGAUCCUAAAAGAUCUUACAGUGUGAAGGCUCCUACUAGACAUCCCAUAUAUGAAAACUUCCGUGUUGAGGCCUUCAAAACAUUAUUAGAGGCAGGUAAUACAGAUGAGCAACUGUCAGCCCUUGGAGAACUUAUGUACCAGUGCCACAACAGCUACAGCGCGUGUGGCCUUGGUUCUGACGGGACUGACAGACUAGUCAAUCUAGUACGAGAAAUGCAACACAGGAAGACAUCCGAGGGCGGAAGCCCUAGUCUAUUUGGCGCAAAGAUCACUGGCGGAGGCUCCGGUGGCACAGUAUGUGUUAUCGGGAAGAACUGCGCCAGGAGUUGUGAAGAGAUUGCAGAGAUUCAGCGCAGAUACAAGGCUGAGACCGGGUAUCUGCCCAUUCUUUUCGACGGGUCGUCUCCAGGAGCUGGGAAGUUUGGUUACCUGAAGAUCCGACGUCGUUGUCCCUAA